AUUUUAUUUUUACUCUUUUAUCACCCUAUAACUAAAUGGAUUGAGGAAUUUUGACACUCAAUUUAGCUUUUCCAGCUAUAUUAGAAUUCUUCAUCUUCUUCACUUCUCUCUUUCCAUUUCUCUCCAUGCGAUCUCAUCAGAAACCCUAAUUUCUGAUGACAAAAUCUCAUUUACAUCCAAUUCCAUCUCUCUUUUCUUGAUCAUCAUAUAGGAUCGGAUCGUUGUAUGUAGUGAUAGAACCCUAGCUUUUUUAUAAUCAUCGGUGUUUAUCUGUCUUUUAAUCUCAGCAUUCGUACUUGGAUCAAUUCUUGGACUUUUGGGGAUUGAUCGAUUCUCAAAAGGGGGUUUAGUUCGUGUAAUGUUCUCUGUUUCAAGAUGAAGUUCAAGAGGAGGAAGAAUUUGGAAGUGCCUCCCAAAGUCAGAUCUUUCAUCAAUAGUGUUACAGCAGUGCCACUAGAGAAUAUAGUGGAACCCCUAAGAAGUUUCACUUGGGAAUUCGACAAGGGAGAUAUUCAUCAUUGGGUAGAGCUUUUUAACUAUUUUGAUUCCUUUUUUGAGAAGCAUAUAAAACCAAGAAAAGAUCUGCAAGUUGAGGAUAGUUUUUUAGGAUCAGAUCCUCCUUUUCCCAGAGAAGCUGUUCUUCAAAUUCUCCGAGUUAUAAGAAUAAUUUUGGAGAACUGCACAAAUAAGCAAUUUUAUAGUUCUUACGAGCAUCUUUCAUCCUUGCUUGCAUCUACUGAUGCUGAUGUGGUUGAGGCUUGCUUGCAAACUUUGGUUGCUUUCUUGAAAAGGACUGUUGGAAAGUACUCCAUUAGGGACACUUCUCUUAAUUCUAAGUUGUUUGCUCUUGCACAAGGUUGGGGAGGAAAGGAAGAAGGUCUUGGACUGAUUGCUUGUGCCAUACCAAAUAGGUGUGACCCAGUUGCUAAUGAGUUAGGUUGUACCCUCCAUUUUGAGUUCUAUUUAUCAAAUGAGUCAUCAAAUGCCUUGGAACAGUCAACACAGGGUUUACAAAUCAUCCACAUACCUAACUUAAACACUUGUUUGGAGACAGAUCUGGAGCUCUUAUCUAAGUUAAUAGCUGAAUAUAAAGUGCCAACAAAGUUGAGAUUUUCUUUAUUGUCACGUUUGCGAUUUGCACGGGCUUUUGGCUCUUUAACUUCUCGACAGCAGUAUUUGUCUAUUUGCUUGUAUGCCUUCAUGGUCCUUGUUCAAGCAAGCAGUGAUGCUGAUGAUCUAGUUUCCUUUUUCAACAAUGAGCCUGAGUUUGUCAAUGAGUUAGUUUCAUUACUGAGCUAUGAAGAUGUAGUUCCAGAGAAAAUUCGAAUCUUAUGUCUGCUUUCUUUGGUUGGACUCUGUCAUGACCGGUCACGGCAACCAACUGUUUUGACUGCUGUCACAUCUGGUGGACACCGUGGCAUCCUUUCCAGCCUCAUGCAGAAAGCCAUUGAUUCUGUCAUCGGUAAUACCUCCAAGUGGUCUGUUAUGUUUGCUGAGGCUCUGUUAUCUUUUGUCACUGUUUUGGCUAAAUCAUCAUCAUCAGGUUGCACAGCAAUGCGUGAAGCAGGUUUUACUCCUUCUCUUCUACCUCUUCUUAAAGAUACAGACCCUCAACACUUGCAUUUGGUCAGUAUGGCAGUACAAAUUCUGGAAGCUUUUAUGGAGUAUAGCAAUGCUGCUGCUGCAUUGUUCAGAGAUUUGGGUGGUUUGGAUGAUGCCAUUUCUCGUUUGAAGAUGGAAGUAACCAAUGUAGAAAACAGUUCAAAGCAGCAAGAUGAUGAUUCUGAAUAUGGGGGAAGCAGUUCUCAGGUAGUCACAGGUGCUUCAACUGAGCUCGAUAAUGGGCAGCCUUUAUAUUCAGAAGCCUUAAUUUCAUAUCACCGGCGAUUACUCAUGAAAGUUAUAUUGCGUUCUAUAUCUCUCGGAACGUAUGCUCCUGGAAAUAGUGCUCAUAUUUGUGGCUCUAAGGAGAGUUUGUUGCCACAAUGCUUGUGUAUAAUUUUUAGAAGAGCAAAGGAUUUUGGUGGUGGGGUAUUUUCACUUGCAGCUACUGUCAUGAGUGAUCUGAUUCAGAAGGAUCCUACAUGUUUUCCAGUCUUAGAUGCUGCUGGUCUUCCAUCUGCUUUCCUGGAUGCUAUUAUGGAUGGUGUUCUUUGUUCUGCUGAAGCCAUAAUAUGCAUACCUCAGUGUUUGGAUGCUCUGUGCCUGAACAAUAAUGGUCUUCAGGCAGUAAAAGAUCGCAAUGCUUUGAGGUGUUUUGUAAAGAUAUUUACUUCUAGAACUUAUCUGCGUGCUCUUACUGGUGAUACACCCAGUUCCUUGUCUGGUAGCUUGGAUGAACUGAUGCGACAUGCUUCUUCUUUGCGUGGGCCUGGUGUUGAUAUGGUGAUUGAGAUCUUGAAUGCCAUAUUGAAACUUGGAUCUGGGUUAGAUACUUUAAACUUGUCUACUGAAUCUUCUGCUCCUGUACCCAUGGAGACUGAUGUUGAAGAGAGGAACUUGGUGCAGCCAGAUGAAAAGGAUUCCUUGAGGACAGAUGGUUUGGAGCACACAAAUGAGCCAUCUUCUGAUGUUCCAUUGGUGAAUAUUGAAUUGUUCCUUCCUGAUUGUGUAAACAAUGUGGCUCACCUUCUUGAAACUAUUCUACAGAAUGCUGACACUUGCCGCAUGUUUGUUGAAAAGAAGGGGAUUGAUGCUAUCCUUCAGUUGUUUACCUUACCUUCUUUGCCUCCCUCAACAUCAAUCGGUCAGAUUAUCUCUGUUGCCUUUAAGAAUUUCUCACCCCAGCAUUCUGCAUCUCUGGCUAGGUCAGUAUGUUCAUUCUUGAGGGAACAUUUGAGGACAACAAAUGAUCUCUUAGCUUCCAUUGAAGGGGCUCAGCUGGCCACUGUUGAAGCUGGAAAGCAGACCAAGGUUUUAAGAUGUCUUUCCUGUCUUGAGGGUAUGCUGUCUCUUUCCAAUUUUUUGUUGAAGGGCACUGGUAGUGUUUUCUCUGAAUUGAGUACCGCAGAUGCUGAUGUAUUAAAGGAUCUUGGAAGGGCUUAUAGAGAAAUAGUUUGGCAAAUCUCCUUGUCCAAUGAUUCAGUGGUUGAUGAGAAGAGGAGUGCUGAUCAAGAAUCUGAGAGUACAGAAGCAGUUCCAUCCAAUGCUCUUGGAAGAGAGAGCGAUGAUGAUGCCAAUACUCCUGUUGUGAGAUACAUGAACCCUGCUUCUGUUAGGAAUGGUUCUCAGUCCUUGUGGCCUGGAGAGCGUGAGUUCAUUUCUGUUCGUUCUGGUGAAGGUCUGCAACGUCGUAGUCGACAUGGUUUGUCCCGUGUAAGGGGUGGAAGGACCAGCAGGCACCUGGAGGCUUUAAAUAUUGAUCCUGAAGUUCCACAUACUCUUCCAGAGACAUCAUCUAUCCAGGAUUUGAAAAAGAAAAGUCCUGAAGUUCUUGUUAUAGAAAUCCUUAACAAGCUAGCACUCACACUACGCUCAUUCUUCACAGCUCUUGUAAAGGGGUUUACCUCACCAAACCGUCGUAGAGCUGAUGCAGGAUCAUUGAGUUCAGCAUCCAAAACUCUUGGUAUGGCGUUGGCUAAAAUAUUUCUUGAGGCCCUUAGUUUCUCUGGAUAUUCUUCUUCUGCUGGGCUUGAUAUGUCACUUUCAGUCAAAUGUCGUUACAUGGGAAAGGUAGUGGAUGAUAUGGGAGCACUCACAUUUGAUAGCAGGCGGGGGAUCUGUUAUACAGCAAUGAUUAAUAAUUUCUAUGUCCAUGAAACUUUCAAGGAACUACUGAACACCUUUGAAGCUACCAGUCAGUUGUUGUGGACACUACCAUACUCCAUUCCUACUUCAAGUAUUGAACAUGAGAAGGCAGGUGAUGGACACAAGUUGUCACAUGGUACAUGGUUGCUUGAUACAUUGCAAAGCUAUUGCCGUGUUCUUGAGUAUUUUGUGAAUUCUGCUUUACUUUUGUUCCCAAACAAUGCUUCCCAGGCUCAGUUGCUGGUUCAGCCAGUUGCUGCAGGUUUGUCUAUCGGGCUUUUUCCAGUUCCAAGGGAUCCAGAAGCAUUUGUACGUUUGCUGCAGCGUCAGGUGCUGUAUGCAAUACGACCUAUCUGGAAUCACCCUAUGUUUCCCAACUGUAGUCCUUCUUUUGUGGCUUCCAUUGUCUCACUUGUUACAUAUGUAUAUUCUGGUAUUGGGGAUGUGAAGCGAAACCGUGGUGGCAUUGUAGGGGGUACAAACCAACGUUUCACACCUCCACCGCUUGAUGAAACUGCUAUUGCCACCAUUGUUGAGAUGGGUUUUUCAAGAGCAAGAGCAGAGGAAGCACUGAGACGUGUAGAAACAAACAGUGUUGAAAUGGCUAUGGAGUGGCUAAUUAGUCACGCUGAGGAUCCCGUGCAGGAGGAUGAUGAACUGGCUCGGGCACUGGCUCUUUCACUCGGAAAUUCAUCUGAAACAUCCAAACCUGACAGUGUUGAUAAGUCAACUGAUGUCAUGACAGAUGAAGGGCAUACAGAUGAACCUUCUAUUGAUGAUAUUCUUGCUGCAUCUGUAAAGUUGUUCCAGAGUAGUGAUAGCAUGGCAUUUUCAUUGACAGACUUGUUAGUGACUCUUUGCAAUCGUAACAAAGGAGAAGACCGUCCACAAGUGCUAUCCUAUCUUAUUCAGCAGCUGAAAAUCUGCCCUUUGGAUUUCUCAAAGGAUAACAGUGCAUUGUCUAUGAUAUCUCAUAUUAUAGCAUUGCUUCUUUCAGAGGAUGCAAGUACACGAGAAAUUGCUGCUCAGAGUGGUAUUACAGCUGCUGCAAUUGAUAUCUUGAUGAGUUUUAAGGAAAGAAACAACUUGGGAAAUGAAAUUCCAGUUCCAAAAUGUAUUAGUGCUUUGCUACUUAUCGUGGACAACAUGUUGCAGGCCCGUCCAAGAAUUUUCUCUGAUACAAUAGAGGGAACUCAGAAAGAAUCUCAUCCUGAUUCAUCUGCAGAGCAUUCUUCUUUGCCAGUUCCAGAAUCAGUUGUAGAGAAAAAAUCAGCAUCAGAUAACCAUGAGAAAGAGUUUGGCACAAUGUUUGAGAAAACAUUGGGAAAAUCCACUGGUUAUUUGACCAUUGAAGAGAGUCACAAGGUUCUGCGAAUUGCUUGUGACUUGAUAAAACAGCAUGUUCCAGCAAUGAUAAUGCAGGCUGUUCUGCAGUUAUGUGCACGCUUAACAAAAACACAUGUUCUAGCUUUGCAAUUUCUUGAGAAUGGAGGUCUGCUUACUCUUUUCAGUCUUCCUAGAACUUGUUUUUUCCCUGGAUAUGACACUGUUGCAUCUGCUAUCAUACGGCAUCUCCUUGAGGAUCCUCAGACUUUGCAAACUGCCAUGGAGUUGGAGAUACGUCAAACUUUGAGUGGAAACCGCCAUGGUGGUCGUGUUUCUCCUCGGACAUUUUUAACAUCGAUGGCACCUGUUAUCUGCAGAGAUCCUGUUGUUUUCAUGAAAGCUGCUGCAGGAGUUUGUCAGAUAGAGUCAUCAGGGGGUAGGACCUUUGUGGUGCUAUGCAAGGAAAAAGAGAAGGAGAAGGACAAAUCAAGAGCUUCAGGUGUUGAACUUGGAUUAUCUCCAAAUGAGUCUCUGAGAAUUCCCGAAAAUAAGGUGCAUGAUGGAUCUGGUGGUAAAUGUUCCAAAGGCCAUAAAAAGAUUCCUGCUAAUCUUACUCAUGUAAUUGAUCAGCUUCUUGAAAUAGUUUUGAAAUAUCCUUCUCCCAGAAGCCAGGAAGAUUAUGCAAGAGACUUCACUUCUAUGGAAGUAGAUGAAACUGCUACCAAGGUGAAAGGUAAAUCGAAGGUUGAUGAGACAGGGAAAAUUGAAUCUGAAAGGUCUGCAGGAUUGGCUAAGGUGACUUUUGUCCUUAAGUUAUUAAGCGAUAUUCUUCUGAUGUAUGUACAUGCAGUCGGGGUUAUUCUGAAGAGGGAUUCAGAAAUGUCUCAGCAAAGGGGUUCUAAUCAAUCAGAUGCAUCAGCAAAUGGUGGUAUACUUCAUCACAUUUUACACAGGUUGCUUCCACCUUCUGUAGAUAAAUCUGUAGGGCCUGAUGAAUGGAGGGAUAAGUUGUCUGAAAAAGCUUCAUGGUUUCUGGUGGUCCUAUGUGGUCGUUCUGGUGAGGGUCGUAAAAGGGUAAUCAAUGAACUUGUAAAAGCCUUAUCUUCCCUCUCAAACUUGGAGGGCCAUUCAACUAAGAGGACAUUGGUUCCUGAUAAAAGGCUUUUUGCAUUUGUUGAUUUGGCAUAUUCAGUUUUGUCAAAGAACUCAUUGUCCAGCAACUUUCCUGGUACAGGCUGCUCACCAGAUAUAGCAAAGAGCAUGAUAGAUGGAGGGAUGGCUCAGUGUUUGACCAAAAUACUUCAAGUGAUUGAUUUAGAUCAUUCUGACGCCCCUAAAAUUGUAAAUCUCAUACUGAAGGCCUUGGAGAGUUUGACAAGGGCUGCUAAUGCUAAUGAUCAAGUUUUCAAGCCUGAAGGGCCCACAAACAAGAAAAAAUCAGUAGGGUCAAAUGGGAGGCAUGCUGAUCAGGUAAUUGUGUCAACUGCUGAGACCAUAGAGCAUAAUCAAAGUGGGAAUGUUCAACAGGCUGUUGCAAAUGUGGAGGAAACUGAACAACAGCAGCAUCAGGGAACUGCACAAGCUGAAGGUAGUCAUGAUGCAACUCAGAAUGACUCUGUUGAUCAUGAUAUGAGAGAAGAAGUUGAAGAGGCAACGGCUGCAAACCCUCCAAUGGAAAUUGGGAUGGAUUUCAUGCGUGAGGAAAUGGAAGGUGGGAUGUUACAUAAUACUGACCAGAUUGAGAUGUCAUUCCAUGUUGAGAGUAGGGCAGAUGACAUGGGUGAUGAGGAUGAUGACAUGGCAGAUGAUGGAGACGAUGAUGAGGAUGAUGAUGAGGUAGAGGAUGAAGAUGGGGACAUAGCAGAAGAUGGCGCUAGAAUGAUGUCUUUAGGUGAUACAGAUGUUGAGGAUCAUGAUGAUGCUGGUUUGGGAGACGAAUACAAUGAUGAAAUGAUUGAUGAAGAGGAUGAUGAUUUUCAUGAGAAUCGUGUAAUAGAGGUGAGGUGGAGAGAAGCCCUUGACGGGUUAGAUCACUUACAGGUUCUUGGUCAACCUGGUGCUGCUAGUGGUCUGAUUGAUAUUGCUGCUGAACCUUUUGAAGGAGUGAAUGUGGAUGAUCUCUUUGGUUUUCGUAGGCCUUUUGGUUUGGAACGUCGUCGUCCAGCAGGUCGGUCUUCCUUUGAGCGACCUAUUGCAGAAGUAAAUGGUUUCCAACAUCCUCUUCUCUUAAGACCAUCCCAGUCGGGGGACCUAAGAUGGUCUUGGUCAUCAACAGGUACCAAUUCAUCCAGGGAUUUGGAAGCUCUGUCAGCAGGCAAUCUGGAUGUUGCUCGGUUCUACAUGUUUGAUGCUCCUGUUUUGCCCUAUGAUCAUGCUCCAAGUAGUCUUUUUGGUGAUAGAUUGGGUGGUGCAGCACCACCACAUCUGGCUGAGUAUUCUGUAGGUAUGGACUCAUUGCAGACAUCAGGAAGAAGAGGCUCUGCUGAUGGUCGGUGGACUGAUGAUGGUCAGCCACAAGCAAGUUCUCAAGCUGCAGCAAUUGCACAAGCAGUAGAGGAGCAAUUUCUAUCUCAGCUGCGUGGUACAGCUCCUGCCAACCAUGCAGCAGAGAGACAAUCCCAAAAUUCUGAAGUCCAGGAGAGGCAACCUUCAGAUGCCCUUCCUCUGAAUGAUGGCAAGACGGUGGUUGAGGGUGACAGUGCUGGCAGCCAGCAAAAUGGAGAGCAGCAUCAAGAAAAUGGAAAUGAAGUGUCACAUCAGCUUAAUCUUAUGGUUGAAAGUGUUUCUUGUGGAGAGCAGUUGAGUUCUCAGUAUGUUGCUGGAGAUGUGGGUGAAUGUCCACUGGCAGAUGGGGGUAUGGCAGCUCAAUCACCUUCCUUCAAUGGCGCACAAAAUGUGCUUGAUAACAUGGAAAUAGGGGAGGGUAAUGGAACUGCUGCUGAGCAAGCAAUGGGGAUUCAGGAGUUGGUCAACUCAACUGCAAGAAAUCAAGAUGGCCUUCAUCUUGAAGGAGAUGCUGAUGUGUCUGGAAAUAUUGAUAAUGUUUCAGUUCAGGCUGUGCCCCCUGGUAGAUUGUCAGGAAUGGAUGAACAGAGUGGGAAUCAUGUUCUGAUAGAUUCUGGUUCAGAUCUUCCUAAUCCAAAUGUUUCUCAUGGGUCCUCUUUGCAUGACAGUGUUGAUGUAGACAUGAAUGCUCCAGAUGCCACAGACCAGCAAGUUGACCCAUCCAUUCUUCCAUCUGAAGCUGCUGUUGAGGAGCCAGCAACUGGGCAAACUACAGUUGUUGCUCAGAAUGCAAAUCAGACUGAACAAACUAGUGCAAGUAAUGAGGCCCCAGGUGCUAAUGCUAUUGAUCCUACAUUCUUGGAGGCACUACCUGAAGAUUUGCGAGCUGAAGUUUUAGCUUCCCAACAAGCUCAGUCUGUUCAACCUCCAACUUAUGUGCCACCUUCAGCAGAUGAUAUUGAUCCUGAGUUCUUGGCUGCUCUUCCUCCAGAUAUUCAAGCAGAAGUCUUGGCCCAACAAAGAGCACAAAGAGUUGCACAGCAGGCUGAAGGACAACCUGUAGACAUGGACAAUGCUUCAAUCAUUGCUACCUUUCCUGCUGAUCUUCGUGAAGAGGUACUUUUGACUUCUUCAGAAGCAGUUUUAUCAGCACUGCCAUCUCCAUUACUUGCUGAAGCUCAAAUUCUCAGGGACCGAGCAAUGAGUCAUUAUCAAGCCCGCAGUCUCUUUGGAGGAAACCACAGGCUGAAUAGUCGGAGGAGUGGAUUGGGUUUGGACAGGCAGACAGUGAUGGACAGGGGUGUUGGAGUUACAUUAGGGCGAAGAGCAGCUUCUGCUAUUGUAGAUAGCUUAAAAGUAAAGGAAAUUGAAGGGGAGCCACUUCUAGAUGCAAAUGCUUUGAAAGCUUUCAUACGGCUUCUACGGUUAGCACAGCCCCUCGGGAAAGGCCUCCUACAGAGACUUCUAUUAAAUCUCUGUGCACACAGUGUUACUAGGGCAACUUUGGUUUGGCUUCUGCUUGAUAUGAUAAAACCUGAGGCUGAGGGCUUGGUUGGUGGGUUUGCAACAAUUAAUUCACAGAGGCUUUAUGGUUGCCAGUCAAAUGUUUUUUAUGGGCGAUCACAGAUGUUAGAUGGUCUUCCUCCUCUUGUAUUACGUCGUAUUCUCGAGAUCUUGAAUUUUUUGGCUACAAAUCAUCCUGCUGUUGCAAAUAUGUUAUUUCACUUUGAUCCCUUGACUCUUCCUGAGGUCACAAAUGUGCAGUGUUUAGAUACAAAGAAAGAUAAAGGAAAGGAAAAAAUCUUGGAUGGUGGAGCUGAAUCUAAACUUUCAACAGACUCUCAAGAAAGGGAUAUUCCUUUAGUACUGUUCUUGAAGCUCUUGAAUCGACCACUAUUUUUACGAAGCACUUCUCAUCUUGAGCAGGUUAUGGGCUUGCUCCAAGUGGUUGUCUAUCCAGCAGCAUCAAAGUUGGAAUCUAUGUCAUUAUCUGAAUCAGCAGUUGAGAACUUGGAUUCCCAGAACCUGCAUUCCAAUGAAUCUUCUGGUGAUGUUCAAAAGGAUCCUCUUUUGUCUGAACCAGAAUCUAUUGAAAAAGAAAAACAUGCAAGUGCUGAAUCAUCUUCUUCAGAUGGGAAGAAGAAUGUUGAUCCCCAUGAUAUAUUUUUGCAGUUACCACAAUCUGAUUUGCGCAAUCUAUGCCAUCUUCUUGGUCAUGAGGGGCUAUCAGACAAGGUUUAUACAUUAUCUGGUGAUGUGCUUAAGAAGCUGGCCUUGGUUGCUGUGCCUCAUCGGAAAUUUUUCACUUCAGAACUUUCAGAAUUAGCUCAUAGUUUAAGUAGUUCAGCUGUCAGUGAGCUUGUUACACUGAGGAGUAGCCGGAUGCUGGGUCUGAGUGCAGGUUCCAUGGCGGGUUCUGCAAUCUUACGUGUGCUACUAGUGCUUAGCUCACUAACUUCAACUAAUGUUAUUGAGAAUACAGGUUUAGACAGUGAUGGUGAGCAGGAGGAACAGGCCACCAUGAGGAAGUUAAAUGUUGCAUUAGAGCCAUUGUGGCAAGAACUGAGUGAUUGCAUUAGUGUGACUGAAGCACAGCUUUGUCAGAGCUCUCUCUGUCCGGCUAUGUCAAAUAUCAAUGUUGGGGAGCAUAUGCAUGGAACAUCAUUAUCUUCUCCUCUUCCUCCUGGAACUCAGAGACUCCUUCCUUUCAUUGAGGCUUUCUUUGUUUUGUGUGAGAAGCUUCAUGCAAAUCAUUCCUUCAUGCAGCAAGAACAAGUAAAUGUUACUGCACAGGAAGUCAAAGAGUCUGCUGAAAGUUCUGCUUCACAUGCCUCAAAAUGCAGUGGAGAUUCUCAGAAAAAACUUGAUGGUUCUGUCACAUUUGCAAGGUUUGCUGAGAGGCAUCGCCGGCUUUUGAAUGCUUUUAUCAGACAAAAUCCUACCUUAUUAGAAAAAUCGCUUUCUAUGAUGCUGAAAGCUCCUAGAUUAAUUGACUUUGACAACAAGAGAGCAUAUUUCCGUUCAAGAAUAAGGCAGCAGCAUGACCUACACCUCUCUGGUCCAUUGCGGAUUAGUGUUAGGCGGGCCUAUGUUUUGGAGGACUCAUACAAUCAGCUGCGGAUGCGACCCACUCAGGAUUUGAAGGGACGUUUAAAUGUGCAGUUUCAAGGUGAAGAGGGCAUUGAUGCUGGAGGUCUGACUAGAGAAUGGUAUCAAUUAUUGUCAAGGGUUAUAUUCGACAAAGGAGCAUUGCUUUUCACUACUGUGGGCAACAAUGCUACUUUCCAGCCAAACCCCAAUUCAGUUUACCAGACUGAACACCUUUCUUACUUCAAAUUUGUGGGUCGUGUGGUUGCGAAGGCACUGUAUGAUGGGCAACUUUUGGAUGUUUAUUUUACUCGCUCCUUCUACAAGCACAUACUUGGUGUAAAGGUGACUUACCAUGACAUAGAAGCUGUUGAUCCUGAUUAUUACAAGAAUUUGAAGUGGAUGCUGGAGAAUGAUGUAAGUGACAUCCUUGACCUGACAUUUAGCAUGGAUGCUGAUGAGGAAAAACACAUUCUUUAUGGAAAAACUGAGGUUACUGAUUAUGAACUUAAACCUGGAGGAAGAAAUAGCAGGGUUACUGAGGAAACAAAACAUGAGUAUGUAGACCUUGUUGCAGAUCAUAUAUUGACAAAUGCUAUCCGUCCUCAAAUCAAUUCUUUCCUAGACGGAUUCAAUGAAUUGGUGCCCCGUGAACUUAUUUCAAUUUUCAAUGAUAAAGAGCUUGAGCUUCUGAUCAGUGGACUUCCUGAAAUUGACUUGGAUGAUCUAAAGGCAAACGCAGAGUAUACUGGCUACACAGCUGCAUCUCCUGUUGUUCAAUGGUUUUGGGAAGUGGUUAAAGCUUUCAGCAAGGAGGAUAUGGCAAGAUUGCUGCAAUUUGUUACUGGAACAUCAAAGGUGCCAUUGGAGGGCUUCAAGGCAUUGCAAGGUAUCUCUGGUCCUCAAAGGUUUCAGAUUCACAAAGCAUAUGGAGCCCCUGAGCGUCUCCCCUCUGCACAUACAUGCUUUAAUCAACUAGACCUUCCCGAGUACUCCUCUAAGGAGCAGCUUCAGGGACGCUUGCUACUUGCAAUUCAUGAAGCUAGUGAAGGGUUUGGCUUUGGCUAAUUGAAGUUUCUAUAGGCAUAUCAUAUCACUCCCUGAGAAUGCCGUGAUCCAUCCUCAAAUUUACAUGUAUAUGUUUAGGGUGAUGGGUUUUGGCAGAUGGAGAUGUGAUAAUGCGGAAACUCUACACUCCCCAGUCUCAAAAUAACAUUAUGGACACUCUGAACUAUGCGCAUGAGAAGCAAGCUGCUGGAUCAUUGUCACACUGAUGCUUUUGAUGAAGAGUGUCCUCAAUGACAUGAAUUGGAAGCAUGAUUCCCUUUUCUUUUUUCUUUUUAUUUUUUGCUUUUUUUGCCAUAUCAAGGGAUCCAGGGAGUUUGCAUAUAGAAUGAUUUAGUUGUUAAUAUUAGUUUGGUUGCUUUUUUGCCAUAUUGAGGGUCCAGUGGGUAUGGCCAGUGACCCUUUGGAUUAGCAUAUGUCUUAAGACAACUAUUCUUUAAUUAGCAAUAAGCUAGUGAUUAUUCUAUCUCGUUCUUGUGUCCAAUUUUUCAUUCUCUCUGGUUCUCUCUAUAAUGGUUCUUCUUUCUUUCUUUCUUUCUUUCCUUUUUUUUGAACUGUCUUCUCUCCAUAAUGGGUUACUAGGUUUUCCAUGUGAGUGUUUAUCCUGCUGCUGUUGGGGUUGUUUUCAUUUGGCAUUGUGUGGCUGAUUGGGGCGACUAUAGGGUAAGAUGGCGUGCUGGUUGCGGGGAUUGUUUCAUUCUUCCAACUUGUGGAGUGGGUGAUAGGAGGCUGGGGGUGGGAUUGAAUUGAUGAAUGGAUACAUCUUCAUCCUUGGAUGGCACGACUACUAAUUUCCUGAUUGGUUUGGUCAGUGACCCAGUGUGGGAUGGGUCUGCUGCUUUGGAGUAGUAGUGUAGUGGCUUUAUGUCAUGGCCUAAUAGACAAUGGUUUUAUUU